CCAGUGACUGACAUUUGUGGGCGCUGGCGCUGGCGCUGCCGCUGGUGCUUCCCUACCAGCACCGCACCGGUCCAGUCGCCUCGCCACCACCGCCACACCAAACUGCGGCGGUCGCAUCCCCACCCCACCCCACCUCCUCCGAAUAUCCACCGCCUCCCAAGCACGCCACCGUCUCGCCGCCCUCCCCCCGAACCCAGCCCCAACCCCACUCCAACCUCCCGCCCAGAUCCCAAACCCCCCGCCGCCCCGCCGGCCCAGAUCUCGAUCCGCGGAUCCGCCGCGUCGUGGCGGGCCGCCGGGCGAUCCCAUGGCCCCCGCCGUCGCCGCCCCACUCCUCGCCUGCCUCGCGGUCCUGGCGGCCGUGGCCGACGCGGCGUGCCGGCACACCAACCUGACGGCGGGCUUCGCGGCGGACCUCACCAUGCUGCAGCACCAGCUGCGGGGCACGGUGCGGCUCGACCCCUCCGGCGCCUGCGCGCUCCACCUCACCCGCUUCGACCUCCUCGCGGCCUCCCCCUCCGCGCGCUUCUGGGCCGCCGACGGCCCUUCCCUCGACGACCUCGCCAAAGGCCGCCCCUUCUCGCCGCUCCCGCUCAACGCCACCUUCCGGAACGAGACCCUCCGCCUCCCCUUCUCCGCCCCGCUGCCGCCGCUCCUCGCCAUCUUCGACCCCGACACCUCCUCCGACCUCGGCCACGUCCUCCUCGCCAACUCCUCCAACUCAUCCAACGCCACUGCCGCUCUCGCCUCCCGGAUCGCCGCGCCCACCAUGUUCGACAACUGCAUCCAGCUCUCCGACGCCUACCGCCUCCGUUGGACGCUCAAUGCGUCCGCCGGCGAGGUCGACAUCGGCCUCGAGGCUGCCGUCGGCUCCGAGUACUACAUGGCCUUCGGGUGGGCCGACCCCAAGGCCAACUCCCCCGCCAUGGUCCGUUCCGACAUCGUCGUCGCCGGCUUCACCGAGGAAGGUAUGCCGUUCGCCGAGGACUACUACAUUACCGACUACAGCGAGUGCACCAUGGGGAAAGAUGACCUGCCCGUGUCGGGGGUGUGCCCGGACAGUGCUUAUGAUGAUGGGAGGAACGAUUCAAGGCUGGUUUAUGGGCACCGGCGGGAUGGCGUGUCUUUCGUCAGGUACAGGAGGAAACUCGACAGUGAGGAUGACAAAUAUGAUGUGCUUGUUGGUGCCACGGAAGAGAUGGCUGUGGUCUGGGCCAUCGGAAAGCUGCGUCCGCCGGACACUCUGCGGCCACACUACCUUCCGCAGAACCAUGGGGGUCCGAGGGAUGAAACCUUUGGGUUGACGAGGGUCAAUUUGUCCGAGGCGGUGGACAGUUGCCUUGGACCGUUGGAUGCUGACAAUAAGCAAGACCAGGACAGGAUCAUUGCCGAUGGGAAGACACCGCUGGUUGUGACAUCCGCUCCAGCAGUGCGCUACCCAAACCCACCAAACCCGGACAAGGUGAUAUACAUCAACAAGAAGGAAGCGCCACUGCUGAAGGUCGAGAGGGGUGUGCCGGUGAAGUUCUCAGUGCAGGCUGGGCAUGAUGUGGCACUGUAUGUCACUUCAGACCCCAUUGGUGGAAAUGCCACUUUGCGGAAUAAGACCGAGGUCAUAUAUGCUGGUGGCCCUGAUGUUCAUGGUGUGCCAGCAACCCCCACAGAGCUGGUUUGGCUGCCUGAUAGGAAUACACCUGAUCUUGUCUACUACCAGUCGGUGUAUGAAGCAAAGAUGGGGUGGAAGGUUCAAGUGGUUGAUGGGGGCCUCAGUGACAUGUACAAUAACAGUGUCCUGUUGGAUGAUCAGCAGGUUACUCUGUUUUGGACUCUGUCCACUGACUCCAUAUCUAUAGCAGCUCGAGGUGAGAAGAAAAGCGGGUAUCUUGCUGUCGCGUUUGGGAGUGGGAUGCUGAACAGUUAUGCCUAUGUUGGCUGGGUAGGCAAUGAUGGAGUUGGGAGGGUCAAGACUUACUGGAUUGAUGGAAAGAGUGCAGCAGGUAUCCAUUCAACAUCUGAAAAUUUAACCUAUGUCAGGUGUAAAUCAGAAGAUGGUGUUAUUACAUUUGAGUUUACACGCCCUCUUAAGCCUUCCUGUACUGGAAAGGUGGAGUGCAAGAAUAUUAUUGAUCCAACCACACCUCUCAAGGUUGUUUGGGCCAUGGGUGCAAGCUGGUCAGGAGAUGAUCUGACAGACAGUAAUAUGCAUUCGGUCACAAGCAGUCGCCCCAUACGUGUUCUUUUAUUGAGAGGUUCAGCUGAGGCAGAACAGGACUUGCGGCCCGUUCUGGCUGUGCAUGGAUUUAUGAUGUUUGUGGCCUGGGGCAUCUUGCUUCCUGGUGGAAUAUUGGCUGCUCGGUAUUUGAAAAGCUUGAAGGGAGACGGGUGGUACCAAAUACAUGUCUAUCUGCAGUAUUCUGGGAUCUCUAUAAUGUUCCUGGGCGUCCUUUUUGCUGCAGCCGAGCUCCGAGGUUUCUAUGUCGAUUCAGUGCACGUCAAGUUUGGUUUAUCAGCCCUACUGUUGGCAGCUUUUCAGCCGCUCAAUGCCUAUUUCCGGCCCAAGAGACCAGCUAACGGGGAGGUUCCACCCCGGAACCGUGUCCUCUGGGAGUACCUACAUGUUAUCACAGGCAGGUCAGCAAUUGUCGUCGGAGUCGUGGCACUUUUCACCGGAAUGAAGCAUUUAGGCCAUAGGUAUGACAGUGAGAAUGUAGAGGAGCUCACCUGGGCCUUGAUGCUGUGGGUGCUUUCGGCCAUAGUUAUAGCUCUAUCCUUGGAAUACAAAGAAGUCAAACGAAGGGGUAGUGACCGAAGCUUCAGAGGGCAUUGGGUGUUAGGUAACACCGAGGAGGAUGACUCGGUUGAUCUCUUGCAUCCUGACAGCUCUGCCAGGAGUUCAGAAUCUAGGCCUUCUGGUGUAAUGGAGGUGCAGCUUGAGCCUCUUACUAGAUGAGUAGUAGAUAGCGUAGAUCAAUCUGUAUCUCCCAGUGUCAGAUACACACACACACCAAUUCCUGUUUUCAGUCAUACAACAGAUGGUGUCCACAAGCACGGCAACGUUCCGCUCAGAAAGAAACUGGAUUUCUCAUGCUUGUUUCUUCUACCAGGUUGCGUAGGAUCUUCAAAACUAUGCCUUGAUUCCUUGCGUCACACUGUUCAGAUUGUAUAGUGUACAUUUUAUUUUUUACAAUAGGCAAACACAAUUUGUUACAUUGCCCCAGGUGAUUUUUUUCCCAUCAGAUUUUGAGAAAGAGAGAUAAGAUAUACAUUUUGUUAUAUCCGCAGCACCAUUAACUGGGCAGAGCAUUCGAGAGAGAGAAAUUGUGUAUCAUAGUGCUAAAUGCUAAUACUAUUCAAUAUUCAUUUUGAGAUAAAA